UGCUCAGCUGAUGAUGAGUCAGCUGUCCACUGAAGCAAAGAAAAGUUUGCUUUAGGAAUCAUAUGAUCGAAAACUCGCGGCCGGUACGGGACUUUCUGCUACUUCCUUAAACUUAGAAACACUUUCCCCUCCCACAGUCCCUGAUCCCUCAAGCUUUCGGUAGCGAGGACAGUGUAAGGAACCAUGGUGCCUGCGACAAAGUAUGUGGGACUCGGGCGAUUCGUCUUGCUCGCGGUGCUCACCUGUGUGCCGAGGUGCACUACAGGCGUGAAACGACCCAACAUGGUGCUGAUCCUCAGCGAUGACCAGGACGUGGAGUUGGGGGGCAUGACUCCAAUGAAGAAGGUCAACAGCCUCAUUGGUGAUGCAGGGGUCACGUUUCUAAAUGCGUUUACGGUGGUACCAUUGUGCUGUCCGAGCCGCAGCAGCCUGCUUUCAGGGAAGUAUCCCCAUAAUCACAUGGUCAGGAAUAAUUCCCUGAGUGGAAAUUGCAGUAGCAUACUAUGGCAGAAAAUAGAAGAACCACAGGCCUUCCCAGUUUACCUGCAGAAGCAGGACUACCAGACCUUUUAUGCGGGCAAAUAUCUUAAUCAGUAUGGCAAAAAAGAUGCUGGUGGAGUUGCCCAUAAGCCCCCAGGAUGGAAUGUAUGGAAUGCACUGGUUGGCAACUCUCAGUAUUAUAACUACAGUCUGUCAGCAGAUGGCAAGGAGGAGAAGCAUGGUGACCAGUAUGAGAAGGACUAUCUGACUGACCUGAUUACAAACCGGUCAAUUGAAUUCCUUAACAAGAAGAAGCCUGGAAAGCCGUUCUUCAUCAUGCUGGCUCCUCCGUCUCCCCACUCACCCUGGACAUCUGCCCCACAGUAUGCUGGCUUCUUCAGCAAUGUCCAGGCUCCCCGUGAUGGCAGUUUCAACCAAUCUGGCAAGAAUAAACACUGGCUACUUCGUCAAGCUAAAAGUCCUAUGUCCAGCACCUCAGUGGAUUUUCUGGACAAUGCCUUCAGAAAAAGGUGGCAGACUUUGCUCUCAGUGGACGACCUGGUUGAGAAGAUUGUCAUGAAACUGAAUGACACAAAAGAGCUGGAUGACACCUACAUUUUUUAUACUUCUGACAAUGGCUAUCACACAGGUCAGUUCUCUCUCCCCAUUGAUAAACGGCAGUUGUACGAGUUUGACAUUCGAAUUCCUUUGCUGGUGCGUGGCCCUGGGAUCAAACCUAAGCAAACGCUCCAGCACCCAAUCCUCAACAUUGACCUGGGACCUACUUUCCUGGAAAUAGCUGGUCUGGCUGUUUCUAACACCACCAUGGAUGGCCAAUCAUUCUUCCCACUGCUGACUGCACCCCAAACAAACAUCACAUGGCGGUCUGACUUCUUGGUGGAGUACUCUGGUGAAGGGAAUGAAGAGAAGGACCCUGACUGCCCUGUGCUUGGUCCUGGGGUCUCUCAAUGCUUCCCAGACUGUGUGUGCGAAGAUGCCUUCAACAACACAUAUGCCUGUGUGCGCACCUUGGCCGAAGCCAGCCUGCAGUACUGUGAAUUUGCUGAUCAAGAGGACUAUGUGGAAGUGUAUAACGUGACCUCCGACCCGCACCAGAUAGACAACAUUGUGAAGAAAGUGGACCCCACCUUUUUGCAGGCCAUGAACCAACGACUUAUCAAGCUGCAGUCCUGUGCGGCUCAGUCUUGCAGGGACAACAAGCGAUAGUGGACUGUAGGCCUCAUUAUGAAGAGACGAGGCCAUUUGCUGACAGAAAGAUUUUUUAUGAAGCACUUUCAGAGUGUGUGAAGAUGCGCUGGAGGCUCCAGUAUUUGUAACUGUGAAGGGAAGCUUAUUUUAAAAUGGACAAAAUGCACUGGGCAGAGUAGCUGCAAACUUGUUGAUGGAAGCAGUCAGGGUUUUAUUGGAGUGAUGCCCAUACUCCUUUUCUUUUUUGUUUAUUUUGUUACAAUAAAACCACAGAUUUAGACUAUUA